AUGACUUUGGAACCUGAAGGUAAAAUAUGUGCUACAUGUUCCAAAAGUGGAUGUACGGCAAUGUGUUUUGGAUGUCAACAAUCGUUUUGUACAAAACAUUUUAUUAAACAUCGUUUAUAUCUUUCUCAACAAAUGAAAAAUCUUCAUGAAAAACAAGAAAUUUUUCAGCAUGAUUUAGAUCGAGAUUCAUUUGAACAUCCAUUAUUAACAAAUAUUUAUACAUGGGAACAAAAAUCUAUAAAACAAAUACAAGAAACAGCUGAAAAAGCUCGAAAUGAUAUUCAACAUUGGAUUGAUAAAACGAAAAGUGUCGUUCAAAAUAAUUUAAAUCAAAUCAAUGAACAAGUCCGUUCAAGUGAAAAAGCAGAUAAUUAUACUGAACUUGAUUUUGCUAAAUGGAGUAAACAAUUAGAAGAACUUCGAAAUUUACUUGAAAAACCAUCAAAUAUAGAAGUUGUAGAAGAUGAAAAACCCUGGUCAUUUAUUCGUACAAUUAAAGUGAUUGAUAAACAACCACCAAUAUCUUGUUCAUCGAUUGAAUUACCAAAACCUGAAUCUCAUCAUCAUCAUCAUCAUCAUCAAAGAUCAAUUGAAUCUAUUCAAGAACGUUUUAAAGUUAUGUUUGGACCUUGUAAAUUAACUGAAGAUGAUCGUGUUGUUACACAUUCAAGUUAUCGUGCUGGUUUAUCACAAACAAGUGGUAUUAAUCAAUAUUCAUCUGGUAGACAUUCGAUUCCAUUUUUAAUUGAAAAAAAAGGAAAUAAAAAUAUAUUUAUUGGUGUACUUUCUUCAUCACAUAAAAUUAUAUCACCAACAUUUGAUUAUUCUGUUCAUGGAUGGUGGAAUCUUGAUCAUAUGAUUGUUAAUGGUGAAAGUAAAGGAGGCGAUAGUAAUGAAAUAAUUCAAAUAGGUGAUAAAAUAACAUUAAUUAUUGAUUGUGAUAAUCAAGAAAUACAAUUAGAACAUCAACGAUCAAAAAGACUUGAAAAUUUACCGAUAAAAAUUGGUGUAUGUCCAUUUCCAUGGAAAAUACUUAUUCGAUUACUUCAUCCAGGUGAUUCUCUUCGUAUUCUCUGUUAA